AUGCCCUCGUUCCUGACCCAAGACCACUCGACAGUCUUCCCCAGCGGCAACGGCUCCGUCAUCAACCUCGACCACUUCAGCGCAAAGGACCAGGCGAAUGAGGCCUCCAUAACCGACGCCCGGUCCUACGCCGUCCAUGAGCGCUUCGACGAGAGCUCGACACUGUCCACGCGCGCCUCGGACCUUUCGGACUCGCCUGUGCCCUUGGGCGACCUCGACCAGUGGCACGACGACGCCAGCGCCAACGAGACACGUCCGACCAGCAUGAGCUCGCUCUCCAACGGCAAGAGCCUGCCCGGCGGCUACGGCGCCCACGACAGGAGCGCUCCCGACGGCGUCUCUGCCUCUGCCUCUCUGGGACGCCCGACGCCGCCCCCCACAGACACCGACUCGCACAGCCCGCCCCAGCCUUGGACGCCGUCCCUGACGCCUGCAUCGCCCAUGGCCUCCGACCCGGCCCUGCCACAGCAGUCGAACGGCAACGCCAACUUCAACACCAGCAGCGUCAACCCCCAGCGCUUCUCCUCUCCCGCGUCCUACCAGCCCGGCGGCUCCAACUCGGCACCGUCCCUGUCUGCACAUUUGCAGCCACCGGGACCCGGCAUGGGCAUCAAACAGAGACAUACGCUCGAGGUUCCCAAGCCGCCGUCAGGUAGGAACUCAAGGGAGCUUGACAGCGCCCAGGCCAGCGGGCGCUUCUCGCCCACUGUCGCCAACCCUGCAGGCGGUCGUGCCGCCUCCUUCAGCCUGGCCCGCCGGACGACGAGAUCCAUGCAGUCGGACGCUCCCCGGGACGAGAUUGCGCACGAUGAAGAUGCCCAGCGAUGGGCUGAAGUGUACCGACAGAAGCGCGCCAGCAAGAAGAAGCGCAAGGAGGAAGAGGACGAUGACCGCGUCCUUGUCGGCACCAAGGUCGACGAGAGCCACGCCAACUGGGUAACGGCCUACAACAUGCUGACGGGCAUUCGUGUAUCCGUCUCGAGGACAAACGCAAAGUUGGACCGCGAGUUGACCGAUGCCGACUUUCAUGUUAAGCAGAAGUCCACGUUCGACAUCACCGGCAACGAACUCGUCCCCUCGGCCAAGUACGACUUCAAGUUUAAAGACUAUGCCCCUUGGGUCUUCCGUCACCUUCGACAAGCCUUCCGCCUGGACCCGGCCGACUAUCUCAUGUCCCUGACCGGCAAGUAUAUUCUUUCGGAGCUGGGCUCCCCUGGUAAGAGCGGCAGCUUUUUCUACUUCUCUAGAGAUUACAAGUACAUCAUCAAGACUAUCCACCACGCCGAGCAUAAGUUCCUGCGCAAAAUCCUCAAGGACUACUACCAACACGUCAUCAACAACCCGAAUACCCUACUGUCUCAAUUCUACGGCCUUCAUCGAGUCAAGAUGCCAUAUGGAAAGAAGAUUCACUUCGUCGUCAUGAACAAUCUGUUCCCGCCGCACCGAGACGUUCACACUACCUUCGACCUCAAGGGCUCGACUAUUGGGCGAGAUUACAGGGAGGAAGACUUGGAGAAGAAUCCCCGCGCGACUCUCAAGGACUUGAACUGGCUCCGACGAAAGCAGAACCUCGAACUGGGCAUCCAGAAGAAGAAGCUGUUCCUCGAGCAGCUUCAGCGAGACGUGGCCCUCCUCAAGCGCCUUCACAUCAUGGACUAUUCCUUGCUGGUCGGCAUCCACGAUUUAUCCCGCGGUAACGAAGAGAACCUGCGCGGAAAGACCCUGCAAGUGUUCAACCCGGGAGGCGAGAAGAACAACGAAGACGACCUGCAGGCUUCGCUUCUCCGAACGCCCUCAAAGCUGGAGAACUACCGCAAGGCCAAGGAACUGCGGCAGAUGGUUCAGAAAGAACGUCCGGUACCCAUGGGCCAGGCUGACGACCAGAUGCCCGACGACGUGGGUGAGGAUCGCCGGGGGCUCAUCUUCAACCAAGACGACGGUGGUUUCAGGGCGACUCACGAGGACAAUGAGCCAGCAGAAGAGAUCUACUACCUGGGUGUCAUUGAUUGCCUGACGCACUACGGAAUGAUCAAGAAGAUUGAGCAUUUCUGGAAGGGCCUUUCGCACGACAAGAGCAAGAUCUCGGCCCUGCCGCCGGACCAAUACGGAGACCGCUUCUAUCACUUCAUCCAGGGCAUCACCAUGUCUGCCGAGGAAGCGAAGCGAGAGCGAGCCCGCAGAGACCAGGAAAUGCAGGCUCAAGCACAAAAGUCAAGGCAGAGCACCAUCCCUCCGAUGCCUAUGCACCAACCCCCACCGCCCCCCGAGUCCAACGACCGAGCCCCCAAAUCGCCCGAACCGGGGAUUCCUGAGCGAACGCUCAAGACCAGUGCCACCAUGCCAGGCGCCCGUGACUCUCAGCAUGAGGCUGUCCUCCCAGUUGUCGAAGAAGCCGGAGAGAGCCGAGACGAUACGGAACGAUGGAUUCGGGGCACCUCCUGGCACAGCAUACCCGAACCCGGCCGGGCGCCUCCGCCGACUCCCCCUCAGGAUCAACCCUACCUUAAGCCCGACAGCUCCGACAGUGGCUACGGCGACAACAGCAACGGCACCGUCAGCAGAGACAACUCCCUCAAGGUAGCCCGACCCGUGAGCCAAGGUAGUCUCAACAAGCGCCUGCCAGCGCUCCCCAAGAAGGAGAACUCGCAGCAAGGCAAUUUUCGAAUGGUCAAGUAG